GAAAAUGGAGAUACGGUUUACCCAACUUCAAAAUAAUGAAUCGCAUCUUGUGACACAAACUGGAAGAAUUUUAGAAAAUGUUGCAACAAGACCAAUUUCAAUUCUUCAAGGUGUUGCAAACAAACCAACAAGAAUUCUUCAAGCUGUUCCACCUAAAGAUGGUGUUAACUAUCAUGAUCAGAGUGUAAAGCAGUUAAGCAAGAACAGGAAGAGGAGAGAAAGACGAAAGCUUGCCAAGUUAAAAAAUCAAAAUCAAGAACCUAUAGAAAAGAGAACAGCUCAUAAGCCCAGUUUGAAAUUUAAAUCACCAAUAGUACGGAAAUUGAACCUUCAUAAAAACUGUUUCAGAGAAAGGAUUUCACCACAUUUUAUAUAUAACAGUUCAGAAAUAGUGAAUUGUUUCAAGUUUGUGGAGGAAAUUCUAGCUAUGCAGGUUGGAGUUGAAUUUUUAUCUGGCAGAGAGGUUUUAUUUUCUAAACCGUUUCUUCUUCCUCUUCAGGCAGUUUUUGAACGACUUCAGAAGGUUUCCAUGAAAGCUCUUGUAGAUCAUCACUGUCCAAGGGUGGUUGGAGCCACAGAGCUUAUUAAGAUUAUUACAUUGCUUCGAUCAGUUCUUCAUAAAAUUGGUAUUCAGAAGUUAGUUGGAACAACAAGGAAUAAAAGAAUGUUGAUGCGUUCAAUUAGUCUCUUCCUCAAUUCACCUAAAAACAUGGAAAUACCUCUUGGAACUCUACUUCAAGGCUUCCAAAUUACUGAGGUACCUUGGUUAACUGGUGUAGACAAGUCUCUCAGCUUGAAUUUGCUGGCUAAGCUGGUGAAGUGGAUCCUGACUAGAUUGGUGGAAUCUAUAGUCAGGGGGUUCUUCAAACUAACAGAUGCAUCUCAUGGAAAACAGAAAAUUUUCUACUUCAGAAAAUCUGCCUGGCAAUCAAUUGUGUUUUCAGGUUUAGCUGAGCUAAAAAGAUCCUCGAAAUAUCUCCCAAUUUCAUCUUCUAAGCUUCACGUUCUUCAAUCCAAAUCUGUUGUUCCUCCUUCCAUCUCUAUUUUGAGGUUUAUACCUAAGAAGAGUUUAGCAGGAGUACGUCCAAUCUGUAUUGUAGAGAAGAAGGUUAUGGAUGAAACACAGAUGAUGAAGGUUGUACUAAAACCAAUUGCUCUAAAGAUCACUCCAGGUUUACAAAAUACAGGAAAUAUGCUACAUAAUCUCUGGUCGGAGUUUUCUUCUGCUUUGCUACCAGUACCAGAAGUUCCAGUCUAUUGGGUUGUUGUGGAUAUCUCAGAUGCAUAUGGAAGUAUUGAUUUACGAAAACUGAGUCAGAUACUAGAGGAGUACAAAUCACCUGAGAACAAGAAAGAGAUUGAACGAAUUCAACAAAGACUGUUCCUUCACGUUCUUAAGUUUCCUGUUGGUAAAAGCCACCUGAGGUUUCUAGUGAGAAAGGGGAUUCUUCAAGGAGAUGUGUUGUCACCUCUGCUUUCCAAUAUUUACUAUGGACAUAUGACCCAGCAUUGUUUAACUGAAUUCAUUAGAUCUCCAUUAAAAGAAAAAGAAAUUUUUCUGCGUGGAGCUGAUGAUUUUCUUUUUGUUUCCACCAACAAGGAUAGAGCACAAGCUUUCUUGAAUAAGACUGCCCUAGGAUUUCCCGAAUAUCAUUGUAGGCUGAAUGUUAAGAAAACCCAGUCUAACCUUCUGGAUCCAACAAUCAUUCAGUUUACAUUCUGUGGGUCGAAUGUAAACAUAGAAAGCAGAAGCGUUGAACCGAACCUUGACUCCUUCAGCAAUACCAACAUUGGUUUUGCAAUGCAAUGGCCUGAACUAUGUAAACCAGUAGGUUCCACAGUGUUCAGCAAGUUCCAAUAUUUCUGUGGACGAUAUUUAGUUCCUCUUUAUUUUAAUACUAAUAAUCCACUUAACACAUCACUAACUUCCCUGGCAGCUAUAAUAUUUAUUGCACUGAAGAGAUUAACCUGCUUGUUGGAUGUUUUAAUAGCUUCCAGAGGAGGUCAAGUUAAGGAGAGCUGGAUAUGGAGAGUGUUAAUGGCAGGUUUACGCCGUUUUAAUGUUGUGGCCAGGUACACUCCCAUCUUAAAGGAUGAGAUAAGAUGGUUAUGCUUAAAGCUGGUCCUGAUUGAGGGGAAGAACCAGGUUUACCCCCGCCCAGUCUGCCAGGGGAUAAAGAAUCUGUUCCGUCGAAUCAAGGUUCAAAACAGUGACCGGCUAGAGAAGAUUGUUACGGAUGUUCCAAUUCGUAUUCCUCAUCUGCGAGGAUCAAGAUUUUGAUGUCUGCAGUAUUUUUUUUUUUUUCAUGCUUUUUAUGUCAAAUUGUACUCAUUGUGACCUGAACUUUUAAUAUUUGAACCUGUGAUAAGUGUAGCAUUUUACUUACCAUAAGUACUCUUUCA